AUGCAGCAUGCAAUUCCUUUGCCCCGGGACAGCCUGUCUACCACCUUGACCUCUGGCUUCGCUUCGAGUUUGACACGUGGGCGCUUGGUAUUAGCGCAAUCGAGCUUUGUGGCGAAGAGCUGGAGAAGAAGCGUGUCGAGGUAUUGCGAUGGUAAACUCUGCAGUGCCCCGUGGAUCGAGCAGGUGAUUUGGAGGGAUGUCUUUCUUCCAGGCCUUGACAAGCUGCCCGAGUCUUCCUUCAUGCGGCUCAUGGCAUCGCAGAUGACGGGUUGCGAGUACUUUGAUGAGUAUUGCGACCUGCACGAUAUGGCUGUUUGGGGCCAUCCAUACCUCCGUGGGCUCGAUGUGCAUUCUGAGGACGAGACUGUUGAGUUCUUGGUCUGGGUUGAGGAGCACAGGCUUGAGAUACCGCUGGUCUGCGAGAUGCAGCUCUGGAGCAUCAAGAAACGAUUGACGUUCCUACGAGACACCUGGUGUUCAGGCACUGGAGUCUUCAUACACGAAGGCAGAACGUAUUCGCACCACAACCUGCAUGAGCUGCUGCAGGUCGCAGAGGGAAAGGUGUCCGUUGCGUUGACGUUGCGGCAACAAUCCUUUGACAUGCGUAUGCCUGUGUGGGUGUUCCCAGAUGCAUGGGGCCCCCAGAGAGUUUGGGGACUGGAGGAGCAGGCAGGCGAUGUGCAGCCACCCCUGAGUCCACAACUUCAGCCUAUCGGGUCGACGCGAGAUGUCACGCAGGAGUUGUGCCAUGCAGCGAGUCCAAGGUUUCAGGGAACCACCUUGCAGGGCUUCCCAUCCACCCCAAGCCCGUACAUUCCUGUGCAACCUGACUCGCACGAGGCGGUUACAAACAGCCAUAUGCCUUGCCUCCUCCCUUCAAGCCUGCUGCCCCCGAUGGAGCCGCACAUGGCUACAGCCAUGCAGCCUUGGUGGCUUUGCAUGCAAUCACUGCUACGUGAGAAUGCCGUACGUGGCGUUGCAGCAGACAUUCCGCUGGCUCAGCCACAUGCGGCCGUGCGGGUGCCCUGCACCACUCCGCAGAAUUGCCAAGGAGAAGCUUCUUCUUUCAGCUACGCAGCAAGUGAGCCUGCAGGAAGCGAAUCGCUUGGAGCACUCACGGUGCAUCUCCACUUCCGGGACAUUGGAACCUUCAGAAGCUCCUUCAGCGUGCGAUCUUUGAGCUGGGAGAGCCUGGACUGUUGGAUCCAGGCCAUGGCCAGCGAAUGCAACUGGAGCAACUUCUCCUUGACGUUCGUGAAAUCCGAGCCGGAAGGGCACGUGCCGAUUCCGGCAGGCGUCACUUUUGACGAAGGCUGCAUGCGGACAUUGCUCUUUGCAGGAUCGCAGCUGUGGCAUAUCAAAGCCGAGCCAGCGAAGCUGGGAUGUUUCGGUUGUCGAGGUUGUCGGCCAUGA